AUGGACUACUCCUACCUCAAUUCGUACGACUCGUGCGUGGCGGCCAUGGAGGCGUCCGCCUACGGCGACUUCGGCGCCUGCAGCCAGCCCGGCGGCUUCCAGUACAGUCCCUUGCGACCCGCCUUCCCCGCGGCCGGGCCUCCCUGCCCCGCGCUCGGCUCCUCCAACUGCGCGCUUGGCGCUCUACGGGACCAUCAGCCUGCGCCCUACUCGGCAGUGCCCUACAAGUUCUUCCCGGAGCCGUCGGGCCUGCACGAGAAGCGCAAGCAGCGGCGCAUCCGCACCACGUUCACCAGCGCGCAGCUGAAGGAGCUGGAACGCGUCUUCGCCGAGACUCACUACCCCGACAUUUACACGCGCGAGGAGCUGGCCCUCAAGAUCGACCUCACGGAGGCUCGCGUGCAGGUCUGGUUCCAGAACCGCCGGGCCAAGUUCCGCAAACAGGAGCGUGCGGCCAGCGCCAAGGGUGCGGCGGGCGCGGCGGGAGCCAAAAAGGGUGAGGCGCGCUGCUCGUCCGAGGACGACGACUCCAAGGAGUCCACGUGCAGCCCCACGCCCGACAGCACCGCGUCGCUGCCGCCGCCGCCCGCGCCCGGCCUGGCCAGCCCGCGCCUGAGCCCCAGCCCGCUGCCCGCCGCCCUGGGCUCCGGGCCCGGACCUGGGCCGGGGCCACAGCAACUCAAGGGCCCGUUGUGGGCCGGCGUGGCGGGCGGUGGGGGCGGCGGGCCAGGCGCGGGCGCGGCGGAGCUGCUUAAGGCCUGGCAGCCGGCGGAACCUGGGCCCGGGCCCUUCUCGGGGGUUCUGUCCUCCUUUCACCGGAAGCCCGGCCCGGCCCUGAAGACCAAUCUCUUCUAG